CUCCCUUUCUUCCGAAGUUCAACCCCGUUUCAAGCUCAUUGUUCAGAAGAAUGUCAAUCCCAUGGGGACUUGUUCUUGUAAACAACUGCUACAAGGCACCAAGGUACGUGCUUUUUGUUCCUCGUAAGUAAGCCUCCAAAGUUCCAACCUUGGUUGGUGUCUUGUCGGGUCUCUUGUCUUAUUUGCCAAUGAUGCGUCUCUGGGUGCUUCUUCCUCUAUGCUUGUCUUCCUUGCUAUGCUCUGUUUCUGCUUUGAGCUCUGAUGGGGUGACCCUAUUGUCACUCUUGAGGCACUGGACUUCUGUACCUCAUCCUGUGAAGUCCUCCUGGAAUCUCUCAGAUUCCACUCCUUGCUCUUGGGUUGGAAUCCAUUGCGACCAUGCCCACAAUGUGAUCUCCCUUAACCUCACUGAGUAUGGGAUUGAGGGUCAAGUAGGGCCUGAGAUUGGACUUUUGAGUCACUUGAAGAGCUUUGUAUUGAUGAAUAAUGUUUUCUCUGGAACAAUUCCUCCUGAGUUAGGGAACUGUAGUCUGCUAGAGUAUUUAGACCUUUCUGGAAACCACUUGAGUGGACAAAUGCCUAUGACCUUCAAAAACUUGAAGAAUUUGAAGAAUAUCAACCUUUCUUAUAACCAACUCACUGGUCAAAUCCCAGAAGUUAUCACUCAAAUCCCUCACCUGCAACAUGUUGACAUGUCUAAUAACUCUCUCAACGGUCCACUUCCUUCAGGUAUAGGGAACAUGAGCGAGCUUUUGAUCCUGUAUCUGCAAAAUAAUCAGUUGUCUGGUGAAAUUCCUUCCUCAAUUGGGAAUUGCAGUAAAUUGCAGGAAUUGUUCUUGAAUGUGAAUCACAUUCAAGGGACUCUUCCAGAGACACUGAACAAUCUCCAUGAUAUUGUUUAUCUGGGCUUUGCUAAUAAUGAUCUUAGGGGUACUAUUCCGUUGGGUUCUGGCAGUUGUAAAAAUUUGUUUUUAUUGGAUCUGUCAUACAAUUUAUUCAGUGGAGGUAUUCCUUCAAGCUUGGGAAAUUGUAGUGGCUUAACAGAAUUUUCUGCGGUUAGCAGUGGCUUAACUGGCAGUAUUCCAUCCUCCAUUGGUCUGCUUCGCAAGCUUUCCCUUUUAUGGCUUCCUGUGAAUCAUUUGUCCGGAAAAAUUCCUCCGGAGAUUGGCAACUGUAAGUCUUUGACACAGUUGCAUUUGUAUUCCAAUCAACUUGAGGGAGAAAUUCCGAGUGAGCUGGGAGAGUUGAGUGAAUUACAGGAUCUUGAACUGUUUUCCAACCAUUUGACUGGUGAAAUUCCUCUAAGUGUCUGGAAGAUUCAAAGUCUUGAGUAUAUCCUUGUGUACAAUAAUAGCCUGUCUGGGGAGCUACCUUUGGAGAUGACAGAGCUCAACCAUCUUAAGAAUAUCUCAUUGUUUAACAACCACUUCUCUGGAGUCAUACCUCAAACUUUGGGAAUCAGAAGCCGUUUAUUACAGUUGGAUUUCACGGAUAAUAAGUUCACCGGUAACAUCCCACCGAAUCUUUGUUCUGGAAAGAAGUUAACUCUGCUGAAUUUGGGCCUUAACCAGCUUCAAGGUAGCAUACCUCCAGAUGUAGGAAGGUGUACAACUCUCAAAAGGUUGAUUCUGAAGGAGAAUAAUUUUACAGGGCCCUUACCUGAUUUUGAGUAUAAUCCAAAUCUCACGUUCAUGGAUAUCAGUGGAAACAAUAUCAAUGGCUCAAUCCCACCAAGUUUGGGAAACUGCUCAAAUGUCACUGAUUUAAUUUUGUCCAAUAACAACUUGGAGGGGCAUAUACCCCCAGAGCUAGGUCACCUUGCAAACCUGAAGACUCUGCAUCUUGCUCACAACCACCUAGAAGGUCCUUUGCCACAUGAGCUGUCAAAAUGUACUAAAAUGGACAGUUUUGAUGUGGGAUCCAAUUUCCUGAACGGUCCAUUUCCACCAAGUUUGAGGAGCUGGAUGGUGCUAACCACGUUAAUUCUGAGAGAGAAUCGUUUCCAUGGGGGUAUCCCGGAUUUCUUGUCAGAAUUUAACAAGCUCUCUGAGCUACAGCUUGGUGGAAAUAUGCUUGGAGGAAAAAUUCCAGGAUCACUUGGGGUGUUGCAGAAUCUGCGCUAUGGGUUGAAUCUAAGUGCUAAUGGGCUGAUUGGUGAAAUUCCUCCAGAGAUGGGAAAAUUAUCAAAUCUGCUAACUCUGGAUCUAUCUGGGAACAAUUUGACUGGAAGCAUACGAGUUCUUGCUGACCUUUCUUCAUUACUUAAAGUCAAUGUUUCAUACAAUUCCUUUGAUGGUCCUGUACCAAAGAUGCUGAUGAAGCUGCUUAAUUCUGAUCCUUCUUCAUUUUUGGGGAAUCCUGGCCUGUGUGUCAGUUGUUUAUCAUCAAACAGAUCGGAUUGCAAUCAGAGCAGCCAUCUAAAGCUAUGUGAUGAUAGAUUGACAAACCAGAAAGGGCUUAGUAAAGUACAAGUAGCAAUGAUAGCACUUGGAUCGUCAAUAUUUUUUGUUCUUUUGCUGCUGGGAGUAGUCUAUAUGUGUGUCUGUGGCAGAAAACCUAAGCAGGGAGUCCAGAUUUCUGACAAAGAAGGCACUUCCUCACUUCUUAACAAAGUGAUGGAGGCUACUGCUAACCUGAGUGACCGGUUUAUCAUCGGUAAAGGAGCGCAUGGAGUAGUUUAUAAAGCUUCAGUAGAUCCAGGCCAGGUUUUUGCUGUGAAGAAGCUUGCAUUUUCUGGGAACAAAGGCAAGAGCAAAAGCAUGGUUAGAGAAAUUCAAACCGCUGGAAAGAUUAGGCACCGAAAUCUGGUCAAAUUGGAAGACUUCUGGUUGAGAAAAGACUUUGGUCUGAUCUUGUACACCUACAUGCCAAAUGGAAGCCUUCAUGAAGUUUUGCAUGAAAAGCGUCCACCGCCAUCCUUAGAGUGGAAUGUGCGAUAUAAGAUAGCCAUUGGCAUUGCUCAUGGAUUGGCCUAUCUCCAUUAUGAUUGUGAUCCCCCCAUAGUACAUCGUGACAUCAAACCAAAAAACAUACUCAUAGAUUCUGAUAUGGAGCCUCACAUUGCUGAUUUUGGUAUCGCCAAGCUCUUGGAUCAAUCUUCUGUUUCAGCAUCAUCUAUGUCUGUCCGUGGCACAGUAGGUUAUAUUGCACCAGAGAAUGCAUAUUCAACAGCAAACAAUAGAGAAUCUGAUGUUUACAGUUAUGGGGUAGUUUUACUUGAGUUGAUAACCAGAAAGAAGGCAGUGGAUCCAUCAUUUAUGGAGGGAGUUGAUGUAGUGGUGUGGGUCAGAGCUCUGUGGGACGGAACAGAAGAUGUUCAUAAAAUUGCUGAUUCAAGUCUUGCUGGGCAGUUUCUGGAUUCAAAUGUUCUUGAACAAGCUACCAAAGUGCUUUUGGUGGCUCUGAAAUGCACUGAGAAGGAUCCACGCGUGAGACCCACGAUGAGAGAUGUUAUCAAGCUAUUAGAAGAUGCUAAUCCAAGGACAAGGAGUAAAAAGCUUCCAAGUUCCAGCUUCUUAAUCCGUAGUUGAUCUAUGCAUUAUAAGAAUCAGAAGUAUAUUAGUUUCUUCUUCUCUCAAGUAGUGAAGUACCCUAGUUACACAGCAAAUUCCCAGAUGUUUUGUUUAUCAAUUGGAAAUGCCCAUUGAUGGUUUUGGCACUUCCAGCUUCGAAAUAUGAUUUAUAGUUUCAAUUUUCCCCCCAGAUGAAACUGAAAAUGUCAAGUACUUGCCAUGUAAGCAAUUUCAGAAUGCGAGUAGCUGAAGGCAAAUAGAGGGUGUUGCCUCAAAUUUUGGUGGGGUUACCAAUGUCGUUGACAUUGUGCAUCAAAAGUGUAUCAAAUCCUAAGAAAAUUCAAAAUCCUAUGAGGAAUUAGAGUCUCCUAAGAUUUACGACAGUCUCCACAUUUUGUGACCCGAAUUAUUCUAUACCAUUAUUUAAUUUAAGUGUCCUUCCUAAA